UGUGUGUGUGGCUUCACAGGGCGUUAAUGUCUUUGUGUGCCCCUCUCUCUCUCUCUCUCUCUCUCUCUCUCUCUCCGCUGCAGUGGGGGAGUUUAUUCAGCGGCUCACAUGAGGGGACGAGACAGCAGCAACCUCACCUCACCUGCCUGCUCGCCCCUCUCCCAUUCUCCGUCCUCCUCCAUCACAGGCAUUCUGCUCUGAACUGGACCAGAAUAUCAUCCCUCAGCUGGAGGAACUGAUCUAGUUUGCUGCCUCUUUUUCCAUAAACACUGCUUAAGGAUUUUAGGCAAAAGAAACAUGCCAUUAUGGAUUACUCAAAUCCUCCCCAAACAAAAGGAUGCAGCACUCUUGGGAGGAAGAAGAGAGAGAAGGAGGGAUGACACGCCUCUCCCUCAUACCUGACUUUGUUUCUUUGAGAGUCUCGUGCUCUUUUUUCACGUCCCACUUAAAGGGUUUGUUGAAGUUGGAUGGUGUCUAGUUGAGUCUGAGGAAUACUUUUGAGACUGUUGUGUUAUUUUCUUCUUCUUCCAUCUCUCCUGAAAUCUUUUUCUCUAACUCUUUGCUAGCUGUGCUGAUAAACUAUCUGAGGUUAUUUCAGGUGAAAUACCUCAGUCUUCUGUGUUCGCAUGAGUGUGUGUGGUAACAUUUGACCUGUCUGUGUAUGUGGGCGUACGAGGGCGACGCCUGUUAGCGUCUCGGGGUGCGCUGAGUGUGUCUGGCACGUUACUGCAGCAUGAAUGGCUAGCCUGCAAUCUCAGCAGGGUGUGUGAAACAACACGAGUCCUUUGACAGUUUAAUGAGGUUAAAGCUUUUCGCCGUCGUGAAGUGUGCUCAUAUCAGAAACCGUUUUGUUUGAGAGCCGACAUUUGGAUAAAGUGUGGAUAAAUAGUUCUGACAACACGAAUAGUUGAAUAAUGUGAAACACUUGAGUAGAAACAGCAAUUUAAUGUUUAUCAAAAACUAAGCAUGAAGUGAUAAGAAGGUAGACAGACAGAAAGAGGAAAUGAAAAGCAAAAGAAAAUCUAAACAAUACAGCUAAGAAAAAACUAGCAAAUUAGCAAACUGGCUACAAACAAGUUGCAUAUCUGUUUCUCUUGAACGGUAGCAGAUCUGCUGCCUCAGAUGUGAGUCUGCGAUUGGACAAAGAUUUAUACGCACCUUCGGACAGCUCGAUUUUCUAAUGUCCCACCUCUGCAGCAAAGUGUGCUAGCAGAACGACAAAGCAUUUGUUAAACUGAAUGUCUGAUAAUUACAUUUCGCAAACCACUGAGCACCAAAGGCACCCAACUGGUAUCUUAUUAAGAAAGAUAUUGAUUUCUACGUGACAUAGUGCCAAUGAUCACUAUUAAGGGCUUGUGUUAUUUAAUUGAAUUUUCUUUCAUUGAUCUAAAUAAUGCUAGAUUUUCACUCUUGAGGAAUUGGUUUAAGAUUGACUGUUAUGUACAAAGCUUUAUUACAUAAUCAGAUAUAAAUGCAUAAUAGUUUUUUUUUUUGGAAACAACCUCAAUUUAUUUAAACUCGCUCCUUCAAAUGCUGUUGAUCUACAUUUUUGAGCUUAUCCAGACUUGUACAACUGUAUCUGGUCGUGUUUGUGUCGUGAGUGUGCGUUAAGUGUCUUGGCGGUUACGUGUACAGAUGGGCAGCCAGUCGAGUGAACGAUGUUUGCUGUUGUUCACACCUAAGCAGAACUGUUAAAGCAUGUUUAUGUAGGAGUGCGGGGGACUGAAUUUUCCUCAAGCACAACUCUCUCACCUCACGUGUUUAUGUGCAACCAAUUUUUACCAAUUCAUCCAGCAUGCAACAUGCAUUUUUAUUCAACUGAAUGCAACUCUCACUACACAGAGUCUUUGGGAGAUGAGAGACUGACAAGAAACACCUACGUGAAUGCAGAAGUUCAAAGAAGGAGAUACAAGAAAAAGCUGCCGUGAAAGUGGAACAGGUGGAGGGACAGAAGAAAAGCACAAAGUCAAAGUGAGGCACUUGAAAUCAUCCUGUAUGGAUACAUGACAUUAAGCAUUAAAACUCUUCUUUGAUAUCCACAGCAGUCAAACGAAACUGAGAAAGAAUCCAUCGAUUUCAGGUGUAACUGUGAGAAGUAGCGAGUGAGGAGACGAAUUGUGGCUAAAAAUCUGUUGCUACAGUCAAGAACUUCACCUAUAGUUCAAUUCAAAAUGAAAAGACUUGAUAUUCAUGAGAGCUUCUGCAGUAAAAAUGUACAAUAAAAUGAACUGCUUUGACCGUUAUACUGCAGUUGUUGUUGUUCAGUUUUCAUUGAAAACGUUGGCAAAAAAUGCUUUGUAAUUAAAAUGACACUUUUUGGAAGCAAAAACUUGAAAUGAAGCCACAGAUUUUGCCAAAUACUGUGAGGCAAAAGUAAUUUUCCCUUCUUGGAACACUCUUCCUUGAAGGUCUCUCUUGACCAAACAUUCAAUCUAUCCAAUCAUCCCUCCAUCACUUUGGAAUAAAACAUUGGACGGCACCCAUGUACAUGCAGCAUUUACUGAUUUACGAGUAAUUUGGAUGUAGUCCCAGAAAAAGCGCUGGUGGAAGUGGCCUUGAUAAAAGCGUUAGAGCAAGUACUGAAGCAUAAUUUCAUGCUGAAUUCCCUGAAUUAAGCACAUCAAUGGGGACAGGAACAGAAGAAGUGCCAUACUACAACCUUUUAAUUCAAGCACAAAUGGACUUUUCUACAUGCUGGGAUUCAUUUGAUUUCACACUUCACAAUAGACUUGAGAUAUGACAUUUUGGACUUCUUGUGCAGAGGAGUUUUUUGAGUAAGUUAGGAUGAGAUGGACUGUUGAAAAGCUUGAUAACUAACUUCUUUAAAGACUUUUGUGCUUGCAUGUGUCUCUGAACCGGAAAUGCUUUGAACUCUACGGCUCUCCCACUGUGACUCCAGUACAUUCAUAGAACGUAUUGUUGGACUGCAAGAGAUAAGCGAACUGUCGGUGGGCAUCUGGGACAUGCUGCUGUGUCUGAACUAGCGCAGCAGUUACUCUGAGUAGGUGAUCUGAGCAGGUUCGUGGCCUGACGGUGUUGGGGGGUCAGACGUCAGGAUGGGGUGUAACAUGUGCGUGGUGCAGAAGCCUGAGGAGCAAUACAGGGUCAUGUUCCAGAGGAGGCAGAUAAACGGCAUGCUGUGCUCUUUUAAUGGGGAGGAUGGAUUAAAGGUGAACAGUAAAGACCUGUCCCGGCUGUCUCAGGAUCAGAGCCUCCAUGCGCUGCGCUGUAGACGUAACAUGAGGUGGAGUCAGAGGAGGAAAGCAGGUGUGCCUGGAGCUGCUGGAGGGACGAUGGUAAUGACUGACUGUGUGGACAGCGGGACGCAGACAGAUAUCAGCUUCCAGCAUAUGGUGACAUUAGGCAGACCCGCCCAUCACAACAGACCCGCGUCACCUCCUUCCCCUCCACUGCCGCCCAUGCCAGAGCCAUACCUCUUCAGCCAGCUCUCUCCUAUGGACCACGUGUAUUAUGACCCAACGGACUACUUUGACAUUAGUCAACAUGAGGUGGACAGACAAGAUGACCUGGAGUAUGAGGAGGUGGAAUUGUAUAAAUCUUGUCAGCAAGAUAAACUUGGUUUAACAGUGUGUUAUCGCACUGAUGAUGAAGAGGAUCUGGGUAUCUACGUGGGUGAGGUCAACCCUAAUAGCAUUGCUGCUAAGGAUGGCCGAAUCCGUGAGGGAGACAGAAUACUGCAGAUAAAUGGGGUGGAUGUCCAGAACCGAGAGGAAGCAGUGGCCAUCCUGACAAGAGAGGACAGCACCAACAUCUCUCUCCUACUGGCACGACCAGAUAUUGAGAAUGAGGCUGAUGACCUGGAUUUGGAAUUGAGUGUGGGCCUGGAUCUAGAGGACUUGGAAAAUGCCUCUAACUUACCCAGCCCUCAACACCAAAGGAAAGCUAGCUCCUUGCUGAGUGACAUCAGUGGGAUCCGAGCUGGUCGGCCCAACUUGUGGCACACUGCACUCAAUAACAGCCAGGAGCUGGACAGCGGGGUGGGUCGCACAGAUGAAAGUACACGCUGUGAAGAGUCGUCUGAGCUGGCGGAUGAUCCCACCAGUGCAUGCACGACCAAUGCCACCAAUACACCAGGCAGUUUGCGCAAGUUCCGUGCUGCUCAGCAUGGAUGGGAAUUCCAUUACAGCAACGACUCACUGCUAGGGCCAGAUGGGGUGGGAGUGGCAGAUCACGGGGUUCCUGAAACACUGGGCUCAGUGACGAGCAGAGUGCUGAUGCCAGGAUUAACUGAAGAGGAAUAUGAACGUUACAGAGAGCUACUGGAGAUCCGGUGCCUUUACGAGAAGAAUGGAAAUGCACUUCUUCUUUUGGACGGGAGGAACCAUGGCGCAGGAGGAUGCGAUUUUGCAGGAGGAGGUGUUCCUGUAGACAUGAAUUGUAACGAGAGCCUGAUGCAGCACGAGAUUGCCCUUCUAGAUGAGGAAAUACGCCACCUGGAGUUUAAGUGGCGCAAUGUUUUGCGGGCUCAAAAGAUGCAGCAGUUGCGCCAACGCUGCCUAAAGGUCUGGCCAGCUGAUGAAGAGGAUGAUGAAGAAAAAGGAGCAAAGGCAAGGUGUGGAGGUGCAGAGGCGAUCCACCAUGAACUGUCAGAUAUCAACGAGAUCCCGGAAAGGGAACGCUCUGACAAGGAGAGCACAAGCGCCUAUAAUACUGGUGGGGAAAGUUGCAGAAGCACACCUCUGGCAAGUGAACGAUACCCUUCACUCUCUGCGGCUGGAGAUUCCAGUGCCUCUGCAACCAUGCGACCUCGGACGCCACGUCACAGAACAAGCACAAGUAGGGAUAAGAAUCUAAAUGUACCUUCUUCAUCAGAUGCCAAGAAAAAGAGUGAAGAACCUGGGGACAACAGAAACUCUAAUCCAGCAACAAGGCUUCGGUCAUUAUCUAGUAAUGGUGGCAGGAGUAGGAAGGGCUUGGAUGGAGCACGAAGGGGGUCCCAUGCAAAUGGGACUCUCACUACCGGGAUAGUGAAAGGGGGAAGAAGUGCAGAAAACAGUCCGUACCUGUCCCGACGCCGCUGCAGUACCACGCUGCCUCAACGCUACCAGAGUUGCAUGCAGUUGAGGGACAUGUCUACCAUUGACAGUCCAGAAGUUAGAGACACCACUGAACAGGUUCCUACUCACUCCAGCACCACACCUUGUGCAAACAGAGAAUCCACAGCUGCUCCUGCAACUUCUUUGAUUAUACCACCUACAUUGCCUCCAUCUUCACCUCGAAUGGAGUGGAAGGUAAAGAUCCGCAGCGACGGCUCACGUUAUGUGGCUAAACGUCCGGUAAGAGACCGUUUGCUAAAGGCUCGCGCCAUGAAAAUUCGGGAGGAGCGCAGUGGGAUGACCACGGACGAUGAUGCGGUUAGUGAAAUGAAGAUGGGACGCUAUUGGAGCAAGGAGGAACGCAAACAGCAACUUUUGAGAGCUCGUGAGCAACGGCGACGCCGUGAGUUUAUGAUGCAGAGCCGACUGGACUUCUUGCGGGAGAAAGAGAAGGAGCAAGACUCUGGACCCCAGGGACAGGCUUCCAUACUUGAGCUUAGCCAGAAAAAAAGUAUGAAGAAACGCAGCAGACGCAUCUUGGACAACUGGAUCACCAUUCAGGAGCUCCUGGCUCAUGGGACCCGUUCAGUAGAUGGGAAGAAAGUGUACAACCCGUUGCUCUCCGUGACCACGGUUUGAUAAUUGGAGUGAAAUGAGACCUUUUAACAAGGAGGAUUUUUGGAUUACAAAGUUUACCAGUGAUUUGCGGCUGUCUGAUAAAGACGCCUAGCAGUUUAAUUGAGAAAUGAUGAUGAUGGAUAUAAAUGUACAAAGAAAAGUACAAGACAGAAAGGCAUAAUGUGAAAUGAAUGUACAUUUUUCAUAAUUAACAUGAACUCUGGGACCAGCGCUCUGUUCCUAUAAACUGUUUUGAUGCUUGAAAUUUCAGAGUUACACUCGGACUGUUACAAUGCAGAGACGGUCUUGAGCAUUUCCAAACCAUAUUAAAACAUUAAUUUCUUUCAUAAACACUUUUCAAUCUAAGCACAUUUAAUGAUGAGAAAAACAGAGCAACCAAAAUUCAUUCAAAUUCAAUUCGGAGGCCUGUUGCAUAAUCUACUUAGACUAGUAUUACAAGUUAGUAAUGUCAGUUUUUCUUUAAGACUUAACUAUUUUAUAAAUCAGUUUUUUUUUUUUUUUUUUUUUUUUGGAGAACAAAAGACUGCUAAUCCCUUGGCUAACUGAUAGCUGGUUAGAAAAGAUUUUAAGACAGUCUUAUGUUUAUGAAACUGGCCCCAGAUCUCAUAAAAUUACCAAAUUAAUCUGGUGAUUGGUUAUGAAUUUGCAGCUGUUGUUUAGGCGUAAUAUGCGUGGUUUUCUUCACUGGUAAAAUUAAGAAAAUAGUAAAAGCACAAUAAACAACAAUUAAAGAAUGAGCCAUUGUUGACAAUGACAAGUUGACAAUUUUAGAAGCACAUGAAUCAUGUAACAAAAAACAAAACAAAAAGACAACAAAAGUUUCAGCACACAAAUAUUUGGCACAACAAAUGAUAAUGUCAAACACUAACACUUACCCAAAGAAAAAAAAAAAAUCUGCUUGUAUAUUUUUGUGGUACAUUUGUCAACCCUCAAGGAAACAAAUCUGACAUUAUCAUCACUUUUAAAGCAAUUUUGUUAUCAGCUUACAAAAUCACAUUUGGAACAGUUUUUCUGAUAUUGUAAAAUUUUUGCAUGUUGUUGUCCAGGAAAUAUUUAAAUGAUGUUGUGUGAAACUGUCGAGUGAAAUUGUUGCUGUCUUCUGUAAUACAGGACAUUAAUAUACUGUGUCCAAAUGUUCAUUUAACACCUUGCAGGUUUAAAAUGGGGGAAUUUCUGCUCCUAAAUGUUUUUGAAUAAAACUUUUGCAACUUGAAGAUCUUUGAUUUUCACCUGUUGUUUGCAAAAAAACAAAAAACAAAAUUGACAGAAACAAAUCACUUAAAAUGCAAUCAAAACACUUCACUACACAAUGCCUUUAGUAAAUUCAUGUUUGUGCUAAAUAAAAUGAGCUGAAGAUGCCUUAAAAAAAAAAAAACAUCUCAAAUACAAAGACAUUUAUGUGCAAGAACCUUCAUUUGGUAUUUAAAGUUUUGGAUAAAAAAAAAAAAUGACAUGACACUGGAUAUCAUCUCUUCAUUUAUUGGAUGUACAAUUAUGAAAAAUAAUAAUCAUUAAAAAAAGACUGGAAGCCCAAGAUUAUUUACAAUCGUUCUCUUUGAUUCUGUGGCAAGGUCUCUCAGAGAUACCAUUGUCAGUCUCAUGCUCACUUACACCAUGAUAUGUUGAGCUUUAAAAAGACGUUCCUCUCUAGAUAUGACAAACAUGACCAAAAAGUAAACAGAAAAAAAAAAAAUUACAUACAGUACAUACAUAUACAUAUAUAUAUAUAUAUAUAUAUAGAGA